CCCUGCGAGCAGCAUCUGAAAGGUUCAAUAUUCAUCGAAACACAUUGUGGAACAAAACCAAAGAGAUAAAACGUUCGACCACCUCAAACUCAGAGACAGUCAAACCUAAAAGACAGCAUGGGGGUCAACCUAUUUUUACAAAAGAAGAAGAGGAUACAUUCGUUGCUCAUUCCAUUGCAAUGGCAUCUUAUGGUUUCCCAAUGACAUUACUUGAUUUGCGCUGUGUCGUCAAAUCAUAUCUAGAUCGAACCGGAAGAAAAGUUCCCGUGUUUGGAAAUGGAAACUUUCCUGGGAGAGAGUGGGCCAUGUCAUUUAUGAAGCGGCAUAAGUAUGUUCUCUCCGAACGUGUCGCCAAAAAUAUCACAUAUGCAAGAGCUGCGACUGAUACUGAAGUGAUUGACUCAUAUUUUGAGCAUUUAGAGAAGGAGUUAGAGGGUAUUCCGCCAGAAAAAAAUUGGAAUUACGACGAAACGAACGUCCAGGACGAUCCGGGAAGCAAAAAAGUGUUGGUCAGAAGAGGAGCAAAAUAUCCAGAGCGGAUACAAAAUUGUUCCAAAGCGUGUACUUCGAUUAUGGUCUGUGGGAACGCCGCAGGACAGUUGGCUCCACUAUACGUAAAUUACAAGGCCGAGAACAUGUGGUCGACCUGGACCGAAAAUGGACCUGAAGGAGCCCGCUACAAUCGUACUAAAUCUGGAUGGUUUGAUCACCAAGUGUUUGAGGACUGGUUCAUCAAUCUUAUGCUCCCCAUACUGAAACAACAAGAUGGCCAAAAAGUUCUUAUUGGCGAUAAUUUGAGUUCGCAUAUUAACCUAGAGGUUAUUCGACUCUGCGAAAAGUAUGGGAUAAAAUUUAUCGCACUCCCACCAAAUGCGACACAUCUACUGCAACCGCUAGAUGUUGCCAUAUUCAGAGUUCUAAAACUGAUUUGGCGUGAAAUUUUGUCAGAUUGGAAGCAAUCGACAUCUGGUAGCCGGUGCACAUCAGUUCCAAAAGAUGAACUGCCUGGUCUGUUAAAGAAAAUGAUGGACAAGCUGCAGGAGAACAUCAUAAAAAAUCUCCAGUCAGGAUUUAGGAAGACUGGGAUUUUUCCGCUUAACAAAAUGGAAGUUCAAAAAAUGAAGAACUGCAGAAGAAGAGAGAAGAGGUUACAGGAUGCCGGGCCCCCAAGAGAAGGAGAAGGCUCACUGUCCAGCAGGCAGAAGUAUCUCCAGUGCCGAAAUCGAAGCCAGUAG